AUGUCUUAUAAGUCUGGUUAUAUCGAGUCCUCUAACGGCCCUCACCGCGAGAACUCGAGGUCGAGAGUCGAAGACUCUCGACAUGUGUAUCGUCCUAUCGAAUCUGUACCCUAUGGGUCCUCAUCACUCCGCUCUCCCCCCAGUACUCAACAUACGACGUCACCUCACGAUCAUGGAGAUCGUGAAUACUAUGAGGCCCACCUUCCCGUGAUGCCAGCACGUUCGCUACGCGAACGCCAAGUCGCCGCCCAUCCACCGUCUGUUCCCUCCUUCACCAGUCAUCAUGCUUCCCCGCCAACGACCCUCCUCUCCACCACCUCCGGAGUCCUACCCUACCCCCAUCCGCUCCGAUACCCACCUUCAGACGUGACACCACACCACUCCUCACCUCCUCUCGUCAUUCCUCUCCCCAUUCCUCUCCCCAUUCCUCUCCCCAUUCCUCUCCCCAUUCCUCUCCCCAUUCCUCUCCCCAUUCCUCUCCCCAUUCCUCUCCCCAUUCCUCUCCCCAUUCCUCUCCCCAUUCCUCUCCCCAUUCCUCUCCCCAUUCCUCUCCCCAUUCCUCUCCCCAUUCCUCUCCCCAUUCCUCUCCCCAUUCCUCUCCCCAUUCCUCUCCUCACUCCUCUCCUCACUCCUCUCAUCAUUCCUCUCAUCACCUCCUCUCAUCACCUCCUCACCUCCUCUCCCUGCUCCUCACAUCACUCCUCUCCCUCCGACCCUCUUCUGCCAACCUCCACCAAGUUACAACCUUCCACCACAGUCCCAUACCCUGUACUCAGACACCACUCGUACCUUCGCUCCGAGAUCCCAUCAUGGUUCCAACCUCGGACUUUGACUCCACCUCAGCUUAAGUCCACUGCAUUGGUGACCUCAUUUCAAGUAAACUCCAUCGCCAAUCGGAGUGGACGGGAGAAGGGUAGGAGAGUGACGGAAGGGUGGAGGUGUUGUGAGGAGGAAUAG